GUAGCUUUGUGUGUGAUGAAUCCAUUCGGUGAUGAUGAUGAGGACUUUCAAACCUCAAGCAUUCUUGACUACAAUUUAGAGGUCAGUUUUCGAUCAGUGUACAUGGACGACGGCUCGUUUCCAAAACACCUGUCUUUCCCUCUGGGAAUAAAAAAGGAGGAUAAAAAGCCAGAUGAUCUGGAAACAUUUCUGGAAGAUAUCGACUGUGAUUUGAACCAAAUGAUGAGCCAAGCGGUGGAAAACAAGUGA